UAUUUAUAUGAGCAAACUCUUUCAUUGAUUGUUCUUUUUUUUCUGAUCUUUCUUUGUUUAUUUGUCUUUACAGAAGGUUGCAGUGCUCAGUGGGCACAAUGUGGCGGUAUUGGAUGGAAUGGUCCAACAUGUUGUGAUCAAUCAACAUGUGUUGUUAGUGAUUCAUAUUAUUCUCAAUGCAGACCAUCAGGAGCAUCAUCUGGUACUGGCAGUGGAUCAACACCAUCUACAAAUGAUGGUCGUCAAUCUGGUGUAACUACUCGUUAUUGGGAUUGUUGUAAAGCAAGUUGUGGAUGGCCAGGUAAAGCUUCUGUAACAAGUCCAGUUAAAACAUGUGGGGAAAAUGGUACUACACCUGUUGAUUCUAAUACUCAAUCAGGCUGUAAUGACGGUUCUGCUUAUAUGUGUGUUGAUCAACAACCAUGGAGUAUUAGUUCAACUCUUUCAUAUGGUUUCGCUGCUGCUCAUAUUGCUGGACAAGGUGAAGCAAAUUGGUGUUGUGCUUGUUAUUCAUUAAUAUUUACAUCAGGACCUGUUGUUAAUAAAGAAUUAAUAGUUCAAGUAACAAAUACAGGUGGUGAUCUUGGUAAUAAUCAUUUUGAUCUUCAAAUGCCUGGUGGUGGAGUUGGUCUAUUUGAUGGAUGUUCACGUCAAUUUCCUGGCUCAUAUUCAUGGGGUCAAACAUAUGGUGGUGUUAGUCAAAGAUCAGAUUGUGCUAAUUUGCCAACUGCUAUUCAAGCAGGUUGUUAUUGGAGAUUUGAUUGGUUUAUGAAUGCUGAUAAUCCAACGAUCAGUUUCAAACAAGUACCUUGUCCAUCUGAACUUAUUGCAAAGACUCAAUGUAGCAGACUUUAA